CCCACCUCUGGCCACUCCGCCUACGCAUCCCCCGCAAUACGCGCCUUGUGGAAAUGCGACGCGUCUCCCAAUGUGCCGUUUUGAACUCUUGAGCGUCUGCCUGUCCUUUGCUCAAAGACACAACCCCCGGAGGCCCCAUCCCCCCACCCAGAGCGCCAUCAUUGUCGACACUCCGUCCCCGCCAUCCCCGCGACUAUGCUACACGAAAUCCUCCUCUCGCUGUCCGGACACCCCUCGGCGCUCUUCGAUGCCCCCAGCUCAGACCGGGCCUCCCAAAAAUCCUCCCACGUGACCAAUUCCACCUCUCCUCUGGCAUUGCUAUCAGCUCCCGAGGCAGAGCUUCUCUCGUCACUUGCACAUCUUUCCCGGCUCCAUCGGAGGAUACGAGAUCAUGUCGCCAAGAUCGCAGCAUCCCACCCCUCCACUGUAUGUCGGGCUGUGGCCACCGCAAUAACGUCCCACCACCUGGAGAACUUCCAACGCAAAGUCCUGGAUGUUGAGUCCAGGAUUCUUACUCAAGAUGCAUCCGCUGUUGGUGCAUACAACAUUGUCCCACUGGCGGCGAUCGUGGCCGAGUUCUCUGAAUUCACCAGACCCAUGGAAUGGCUGUGGGAGAUGAGCGUCUUCAUGCUGGACGCGGAUGAUUCAAGUCGAAAAUACGACACAGAAAGAGUUAAUGGAAAGACUGCUUCCGGCGCUGAGAUCAUGAACAAGCUGCGAAGCGAAGCCCAGACGGGGUAUCCAGAUAUCGAAGAGACUGCCUUGCACCUGGGGAAAGUAGCAGAGACCUCCUGGUUACGACAGCUAUCGACAUGGCUUCUAUACGGUCGACUACCUUCGUUCGGUGCCACGGACUUCUUCAUCAGCGCAGAGAACGAGGACGACUUAGUCUUCGUCAUCAAUCACAAGCUCUUGCCGAAAUUCGUCACUCGCCAGACAGCUUCAUCCAUGCUGUUCAUCGGCAAGUCUCUCAAUCAGAUUCGAUCGCUCCCUGCCUCUUCCAAGACGUCGACCAUGGCUUCUUCCAUGACUUCCGAGCUCGACCUUCUCCCCACACAUGUUGGCUACCUAUCAGAGAUCACCGCCCCCAUCUCUUCAGCAAAGAUGUCCUCAGCAGUGACAAACAUCCGCUUAUCCCUCUCCCGAAACCUGCUGCAACACCUGUUACCGCGGGAGAGGAUCGUCGAGAUACUGACCCUCCUCUACCAAUUCUUCCUCCUCGGACGGGGCGAGUUCGCCACAGUGCUGAUCGCAGAAGCAGACGAGAAGCUGCAAAGCCGACAUCGUGCCCCCGCCCCCGGGAAACCCGGCCACGGAAUCCAAGGCGUCCUACUGAAAGAAAACGAAAUCAACAACACGCUCUCCCGCGCAUGGUCCGUCCUGGCCUCACUCGGCGGCGAAGACGACCACACGGACGACAUCCUCGACCUCGCCAUGGACAUCGUCCACCUCAACGUCCAACCCACCUCCGCCCACCGCCCCGGCACGCCCGGCCGCGCGCGAGAAUCAAACACCUCCCUCCCGACUCUCAGCCCCGUCGUCUUCAGCGACCUCCUCCUCUCCGUCCCGACAUCCCUCACCUUCUCCCUCCAACCCCCCCUCGACCUCUUCAUGACCAAACACGACCUGGACGUCUACUCCACCAUCAACGCCUACCUCCUCGCGUGCCGCCGCGCCCACCUCCACCUCACCCACCUCUGGAAGCAAUCAUCCAUCCGACGCGAGCACCCCGCCCCGCCAAACCACACCUACACCAACACCCCCUACGGGCGCGCCAUCCUCGCCAAACGCCGCACCCGCUUCGACACCCGCACGCGGGAGAUGCGAAAAGUAUGGGCGACCUGCUCGGCCGCAAUCUUCUUCCUCUCGGAGAGCGAAGCCUACUUCGCCGGCGAAGUCAUCCGCGAAUCAUUCAACCACUUCCUCGCCUGGGUCUCGGGCCCUACCUCCACCCCCAACCCUCCACCAAACCCACAACCAUCAAACCAGAAGCAACAGCAACAACACGACCCAGAAUCCCUAACCCGCGCCCACCGGCUCUUCCUGACCUCCAUCACGACAUCCCUCCUCCUAACCGACACACCCUUCACGACGACCCUCCGGUCCUUCCUGGCACACGCGUCAGAGCUCACGGCGUUGAUAUCGCGGCUGCAGGUCGUGCGCGCGUCGCUCGACCUCGCAGACGACGACGGUGUCGAAGACGACGUCGACCUCGCGACGAAUUUAGUGAAGGAGGAGGGGGAGGUGAGGGUGCAGUUGGAUCGGGCGCGGAGGAGGCUGGACGGGGAUAUGAAGGCGCUUGUUGGGCGGUUGAGGGACAUCGACGCCGAGAGAGUCGGCGGAGAUGUCUCGUCUGUUGUGGGGAAGGGGAAUGCGGGUGGUGGUGCAGGGGAGGGUGGGGAGGAGGGGAUGGUGUAUAAGCCGCUGCGGAUUGGGGGCGUGGAUCGCUUGCUUAUGAAGUUGGAUUGGGGUGCUGUUGAUGACGAGGGGGAUGGCGAUGAUGAUGACGAGGUGGGGAGGAGGGACUUGGUUUGA